AUGAAAGGCUGGAUUAUACUGCUGGCUAUUUUAGUCAGCACAGCAGAAACACAAAACCAGGACGUCUGCACCCAAGGGUAUCCUGGCAUCCCCGGCAAUCCUGGGCACAAUGGCAUACCUGGUCGUGAUGGACGCGACGGUUCAAAAGGCGACAAGGGAGAUACAGGCGAAGCAGGACUUCCUGGGAGUCCAGGGAAAGAUGGUGCAAAUGGAGAGAAAGGUGAACAAGGAGCCAAUGGGACUGUUGAAGAGAAGGGAAACAAAGGAGAUAAAGGAGAAAGAGGACGACCUGGGAAAUUGGGACCAAAAGGAAUUAUAGGGUCAGUGGGUUACAAAGGUCAGAAGGGAGAGCUGGGACUGCAAGGACAAAAGGGGUUAAAAGGAGACAUUGGGCCUAUAGGUCCAAAAGGGACGAAGGGUGAAAUUGGCCAUCCUGGAAGAGUUGGCUUCCCAGGGCCAAUUGGCCCGAUUGGUAAUCCAGGUCCUAAAGGUAAUCCUGGAGAUUUGGGUCCACGGGGUAAUCCAGGAAUUCAGGGGGAAAGAGGUUUGAAAGGAGACAGAGGAGACAAGGGGAACGUAGGUGCCCCAGCAGUCCUGCCAAGGAGUGCUUUCAGUGUUGGCCUUACAAUUGCCACCAAAUUUCCCUCCCCGAACCGCCCGAUCAAGUUUGACAAGGUGUUGUACAAUGGUCUAAAUGACUACAACCCCACCACCGGCAAAUUCACCUGCAAAUACCCCGGUGUUUACUAUUUCACCUACCACAUCACUGUCUACUCAAGGAAUGUCAGGGUAGCUUUAGUUAAAAACGGCAUCAAGAUGCUGCACACAGUGGACAGGUACCAGAGUGGAGAGGACCAGGCCUCUGGAGCUGCCAUCCUCGAGCUACAGGGAGGAGACGAGGUGUGGCUGCAGGCUCAUCAAGGAGAGAGUUUCAACGGGCUGUUUGCAGACGCUGAUGAUGAUACCACCUUCACUGGGUUUCUCCUGUUCAGCACCUCUGACCUGCUGGAGCCGCUGCCAUCGCCUGCCCUGUAA